CCCUUUCCGCGGCGCGGCUCUCACGCGCAGCCGAAUUCGGCGCCGCCUCCAUCAGAGCCGAGCCGGCGGCUCCACCGAACGGCCGCGCCUGCCGCCGCCGCAGCUGCUGAACCUUCCGCAUCCCCUCCCCGUCCCGCCCCCUAGCCCCAGGCGCCCGGGCCCCCUCCCUCUUUUUCCCCUCUCCCUCCCGCCCCUCCGCGCUCUCUUUCCCUGCAGCCAGAGCCCGGCCCGCCAGCCGGGCCGGCAGGAGGGCGGCGGCGGCACAACCAUGAGCUUUGAGGGCGGCCACGGCGGUAGUCGGUGUCGCGGGGCGGAGAGCGGGGACGCCGAGCCUCCCCCGCAACCUCCCCCGCCGCCGCCGCCGCCGCCGCCGCCGCCGCCGCCGCCGGGAGAGCCGGCCCCGGUCCCCGCGGCCCCGCGCUACCUGCCGCCGCUGCCCGCGUCCCCCGAGACCCCCGAGCGCGCCGCGGGGCCAAGCGAGCCGCUAGGGGAGGUGGCCCCGCGGUGCAGGGGAGCGGACGAGCUGCCGCCUCCGCCGCUGCCCCUGCAGCCCGCCGGCCAGGAAGUGGCGGCGGCCGGCGACUCCGGGGAAGGUCCGAGGCGCCUCCCGGCGGCGGCAGCAGCGAAAGGCGGCCCCGGGGAGUCUGAGGCCGGCGCGGGCGGCGAGGGCGAGCGGCGGGGCGCCGGAGACCAGCCCGAGACGCGCUCGGUGUGCAGCAGCCGCAGCAGCAGCAGUGGCGGCGGCGACCAGCGCGCUGGGCACCAGCACCGGCACCACCAGCCCAUCUGCAAGAUCUGCUUCCAGGGCGCGGAGCAGGGUGAGUUGUUGAACCCCUGCCGAUGUGAUGGGUCAGUUCGGUAUACACAUCAGCUGUGCCUGCUAAAGUGGAUCAGUGAGAGAGGUUCCUGGACCUGUGAACUUUGCUGUUAUAGAUACCAUGUUAUAGCCAUUAAAAUGAAACAACCUUGCCAGAAAAGAAAACUUGAAAGAGAAAUAUGCUUCUUUAUUUUGGACAUGAUAAAGCCCUACCACAGUAAGCUUCAGUGGCAGAGCAUUUCUAUAACACUGGUUGAGAAAGUUCAGAUGAUUGCUGUAAUCCUAGGAUCCCUGUUCUUAAUAGCCAGUGUGACUUGGCUCCUCUGGUCAGCCUUCAGCCCCUAUGCAGUGUGGCAGAGGAAGGACAUCCUUUUUCAGAUCUGCUAUGGAAUGUAUGGUUUUAUGGAUCUAGUGUGCAUAGAGUUUCUGGGGAAUCCAAGUGGAUGUGGCCAGUGUGCACCCAGAUUUAAGGGUCUGGAACUCAGGCUAGAGGUUGGAACUGGAGAUUUGUAUCUGGCAGUUGAAACCAGUGUCUGCAGAGAAAUGCUUUGGUGAGAGGAGCAGCAGUUUGGGGAACACGGUGGAGAAACAGGAAGGGGAGGGAGAGGAUCGUGGCUGGAAAAGAAGUGGGGUCAGGCACAUGAGGAGGAGGGAACUUCUAGGAGGAGGAGCAAGUGGCCAACAGUGCCAGAUGUUCUGUCAAGGGUUAGGUGAAGUCAAGCCAACAAUCACUCACUGGACUUGGCAAUGUGGAGGUAACGUGGAUGGAUGCGAGACCGCAGUGAAUUGAGAAUGGCUGGGAUGGGCAGAAGGGGGUUCAGAGGUGAGUUCACAAAUCUUAGCUGACAAAGGACACAGUUAAAUGAGGGUAGAAGCCAGAAGGAGGUGUGGAAUCGAGAAAGGUUUUUGUUUGUUUACUUUAAUAGUAGUGUUAGGCAUGGGUGGAUGCUGAAAAGAAAGACCCAGAAGAAAUCAGAAGAAAGAGUGAAAAUCCAGAGAUGGGAAGGGGCAGCUUGAUGUCCCUGGGACUGAAGAGACGAGAGCCCAGCACCCAGGAAGGGCUUUGCCUUGUACAGGAGGGACCCUGUGUCCUGAGGGGAGGUGGGCACAGCUGGAGGCAGCUGUAUAUUCUGCUCUGAGAGAAUGAGACAUUGAGAGGCCUCCUUUCAAAAGAUGCCUCAUUUCUCAGUAAGUAGGUAGUGUGGCCAUCUGCUUAGACAAAAGCACAAUGUGGGAAAAGACUCGGAGGAGAGCAAUGAAUGUGAUGCUCAGCUGCUGAGGGCCCUGGGGAGAGGAGGCUGAGCCCCCUGCAGAAUCACUGGGCAUGACUGAGCACCUCCUUGAGGCCAGAGCAAGGCCACAAGAUCCACAAGGCCAUGUGGCUAUGGGCUGUUGCCCAAUAGGGAUGAAGAGUAGGUGCAGAGAGGUGAAGUGGUGAGACUGGGUUAAGAUUGGGUCUUGUUCUCCAGAGUUUCUGGAAGGCAGAGCAGCAAGACCAACCUUGCCUUUCCCCUCAAGUGAGGAGAGAAUGGCUCCAGGAUGGGCUUAGCUUUCUAGGCUGCUAGGGAAGGAUCCAAAGCCAGAAAGAAGGUGGUGCAUUGGGAAAAGAUCAUGCGGUCUAGGGCCUCAAAGUCUUUAGGAGGUGGAAGUGGGUGCACUGAGAUUAAGAAGGUGGGUGAGUGGGAGGCAUUGGAGGUUGUCAACAAUGGGAUGGGAGAGCUUCAGAGCUUGGAAUUGGAAUGGAUUCUGGAAGAGCAAGGCCCAGGCUGGGGCAAAGGAUGAAUAGUAGAGGGCAAUAGGUUGUGUAUGUUAGGCCAAGCCAUCCACAUGGACCCUGAAUCACAUGGGUCUAGGGGGAUGGAGGAGGCUCAGGAGUCAGGGCUCAAACCAUCCAUCACCAUGGAGGGUAGCUGAGAGGCCAGGAGGACACAUCUCCCAUGGCUUUAUCCCAUAUAUGAGUGUGCACGUGUGUGUGUUUUGUGUGGCUUUACCCUGUCACUCCAUGGCUUUCCAGAAGAGAGGCUGUGGGAAUUCCAAAUACAUGAGGCUCAGGAGCAACUGCAUAGCCUCAGAGAGAUCCGAGUGUAUCCCCAGGAAGUCUAAAGUGAGCUUAUGUAAGAGGCCAAAUCAACAUGGGAAUGGGAGGCUUUCCUUGGAAGAGAAAGCAGAAAGUAGACUGUGCAGCAGUGAGGUCACACCAUUACAAGAAGAGCCACCUGUCCCCAUCCCUCACUGGAGAAGGCCCAGAGGAGGCCACUCCCUUAACCUGAAAACCUGAAGAUUGUACUUCAGAACGAACCCUGCCCCUCUGGGGAACUCUUGGAUUUGUACUAUUUUGCACCAAAGAACUUUCUUUCAAAGAAAUGUGAACACGACCAUUCUUCUAAGUGAUGCUUCUAUGCAGAACACUGAGGAUGUGGAACCGUGGGCGCCAGCAGGGCAGGGGAGACAAAUUCUGGGCCAUCGGGAACCACAUGGCUGAGCAUAGAAAUGAAGCCCAUAGAUGUUUUCAGCCACUUCCAAGUAAAGAAUUUGACAUAGGGUUUUUAAAAAUGCAUCUCCAGUAAUAUCUAAGAUUGUAUUUACUGUGAUCUGGGCAACAUUCUAAGCAUUUUACCUCGAUUUUCCCACUUAAUUUUCACAACCACCUUAGGAGGCACAGAUACUGUUAUUCUCAUCUGAGAGAUGAGAAAACAAAGGCACACAUGAAGCAAUUUCCCCAAGAUCAAACAGAUGGUGAGCAGGACCCAAAAUAAGAACCCAGACCCUGUCACUCCACAGCCUGUGUAAUGAGUAAGAUGACCCACGUACUUCCAUUUAUUGUUUGGUAAAAACCCCUCUUUAUAUGCUGAGCUUGAAUAACUUGAAGAACUUAUGAAAUGUUUUCUAUAUAAACAAUAAAGUGAAGCUAUUUAAAUUUCUGUCUCAAACACUUAAGACAUGGUUUAGGGAGUAAAUACCUUUUUAAAUAAUAGAUGAACUGAUUUUAGAUCAGAAAUGGAAAAAACAUUUUCCUUGAAAGCCCAAAGUAUUCAUUCAUUUAUUCUAAAUUAAUAGAGUGCAAAAGAGUCUAAAACAAAGGGGAAUAUUAUUAAGGGGAAUGGAAAACAGGGAAUACACCAUAACAAAAGCCAUUUCUCUCUUCCCAUGGUUCUGAGUGAAACCAUUUCUUAAUAAGAAUUAUCCAUGUAAAGAAUCCCAUCCCAAUCUUGAAUUUUCUUACUAGGACAUAGAAUAGAAUAUGAAGAAAACUACUGUCUGAGCAUUUUUGUAUUUAGGUUAAAAAUUUCAUUAAUAGUUUUAAUUAUAAGCAUCUUACUGAUGUCGUGCAGUGAAAUAGAAGAGUUACAAAUUUUAAUUAUACUUAGAUGGUAGUUUCUGUUUGGAAUUUUUGCCUUCUUCCUGUAGGAUUUAAGAGAAGUGAAAAAUGAAGCCACCAAAAAUGAAGUAGCUUAUUACUAGUCACAAAGACAGGUUUUAAUUAGACAUUUCAAUUUAGAUCUUUAAAAAUAUUAUUUUCACUCCCCCAAAACAGAGCAACAAAUAUGUGUAUGGUUUACUGUGAAAAUUAUUAAAAUCUUUUUUUUUUGUGAGUUUGCAGUAGACAGUUUAUCCGUUGGAGAAAAACAGAAAAUUAGUUGUAUUUAUUUUCACUUGCCACUAGGAAAAGCCCACCAAGUCUCUUAGAAAAAGUUCUUAGAAAGUCUCCUUCUAAGAACUGGCUUUAGUCCAUAUAUUAGAGUGUGGGAAACAAAUGGAAAUCUACCAAAGCAAUUCCCCAUGCUAAAACCUUAAAUUAACACAGAAGAUAGACACUGAUAGGUUUUUUAAACCAAAUACAGUUUUCAUUGAAUCAGAGGUUGCAGAGUUAUUUAUAUUCAUAAAUUGUGAAGGUUGCCGUAAUCCUCCUAUGUCCUAUCCAAAUGCUGCAAUGUACCCUUUAGGAUAAAGGCCAGAGAAAAAUUUACCCAUCUCAGCCUUUGCUGUUACAGAAAAGAGAUUUUAAUUUAAUUCUGUCAUCUCCUUCAUAGUCAGUGUAAUAUCCCUUCUGGCCACUGGCCAUUUCGCAGGCUGAGGAGACACUGGUGAUGACUGGCUUAGGCUGAGGAUGGCUCCUGAUGUCUGAGUUGUUGCAGAGCAAGCACACAGGCAUCCUGUGUCUGGCUCUGAUUCUGGGCUCAGACACUUCCUAGGUGCAGGCCCCUGAGCAAGCCACACUACAUCACUUCUCUGGGUCUCAGAGUCCUUAUUCCCCAAAGUGAGAGGGUUGGAUUAAAUUAUAUCCACUACUUUUUAAUUUUGAAAUUCGGUGACUGUGCUUGUCCGCCAGGCUCUUGAUGUUCUUACCCCUGUGAUACAUGAUGCUCCCCCCUUUGCUGCAAGGUGUUUCAUCUGUCCAAGAAUUGAGAGACAGAACUGAAACUUCAUUCAACUAAAAUGUAACUGAUUCCAGUCCAUUCUACCAAUUAUAGGAGAACUCUGGGAUAUCUUUAUGAUAUUUAUUAUCUAUAAAAGUAUUGGACUUGUUCUUUUAUUUCUUUUAUUGAAAAAAUAUAUCCAUGGUUUUAUUUUCUUGAGCACUGUAGGGAAGAAACUUAGAUAAUAUAACAAUUUUUCUUUCCUGUGGAUUCUGUUAAUCCAUUUAAAAAAAUUGAUAAAAAAGAUAUACCAUAUUUUUUAUAAUAUAUAACCUUCACAGCUUUUGAGAAAUAUUCUUUGAAUGUGCCAGUAGUGGGUUUGUGCUCCAGGGUUACUAAUUAAAAGAUCAGGAGAUACUCCCAUCUACAAGGAAUUUUAAAAAUCAGUUAAAUGAAUGAUUGAUUCAUUGGCUUCUUAAAAAAGCAAGAGGUCAGAGGAAUGGACAAUUUCCUUUUUACUCUCUCUAUUUUGCCUGAAAAGACAGGGAGGAAUCCAUAUCUGUCUCCUAGGUUUUAGGCCUGGGCACAGCCCAGUAUCUCAGUUUGUGAUUGAUACAGGCAAACAUUUGAUGACCUGGCCAGCAAGACAGUGGGGGAGGCAGCUACAGUUUGCUGGGGCUGAACACAGAUCCUUUUAAAGAAUUUAGUUCCUUUGCCCUGGCCGUGUCCUCUGCCCUGCCCAUAUGUUCCCCUCACCACCGUUACCCCAAAAGACCAAAACCCACUCGUGAACUAUGGGCCCCAAUCCCUAAACUCUUUUCCAAUCCCAUCCUGAACUGCCUGUCUCAGUUUCUUUGGCAUCUGCAAAUAUUACUUUAACCUUUCAAAGAACAAUACUCAAGAUCCUUUUCUAUUUUCAUAGAGCAGUCACAACUAGAUCAAGUCAUUCCUUGUGACCCCUUAGAUCCCAGUGAUAGCUACUCUCCUCUCUCUGUCUCUCUCUCCCUCUCUUUCAGCAAAGACUGAGUUUUGACCUGGGUACUGAGAUAAGAACAGGUUCCCAAAGGCAAAUAAGACAUGGUUCUGUUGUCAGGGAGCACACAGCUGAUUAGGGAUUACAGUCAUAGAAGCAAAUCAUUAUAGUACAGGUAGUAAGGAAAUCAGUGCAGAUAUUUUCUGUGUAGAGUGGUGGGAAGUAGAAGGAGGGAAAGAUUGAUUUUGAGUACAUCAGAGAAGAAAUUGUGAGAGAAUCUGGAUCUUGAAUCAUAAUUAAUACUUCGUUGUGCAAAUGUAAGAGUGGGCAUUCCAGGAAAUUAUCCGUCUUACGCUUUCAGCUCAGGUUUGCCAAGAAGACAGAAUUAGCAGAAGUUUGUGCAAGAGGAGAGAGGAGUCGUGGUGUCUCCUAGGCUUCUGGUUUAAUUGACGUGGGGGAUGGUCAUUAACUAAAACAGGGAUGGCAAGACAAGGACAAAUUUAACCUGUGUCAGAACCUUUCAGAAAAGCGUGUGCUUCAUUCACUGUCAAUUAGUAAAAGAUGAGACUCCAUCUGACAAUUGGGCUUUGCCAUCUUGUUC